AAAAAAAAAAGAAAAAGGGCAUUAUGGGUUUUGAAUCCCAAGCAAUAGCCAGUAAUAUGCAUUAGAAACUCUCCAAAAUUAUCAUCCGUUCGUUGUCUUGAAUUUUCCAACUGUAUUCUUCUGUUGUCACUACUGGAAACUUCACUUGGUGGAGAGAGAAAAUCUGCGCACAACAAUGGCAGUAGUAUUCAGCUACUGCCCACCCUCAAAAUUUCUGGGUCGAACCCCUUCUUUCCUCGAAAAAGUACCAUAUCAGCGCAUGUCACAGAACUAUAGACGCAGUUCAAGAAUUAAUGCAUUGUUUUGGGGAUCCAAGAACGCAGUGGAGCCAUCUGAUAUGAAUAUAUCACUGGGUGAAUUCUCUUUGAUAGGGUCAGGCUCAGAGAGAGCUGAUGUCGAUUCAUUAUUACCCAAGAAAGUUUCACUUUCAGUUGUUUCAUCUAUCUCUGAAGUUCCAUCAGAAGAAUGGGAUGCCUGUGCUGUGGAUAUGAAUGGACCUGAAAAGUUAAAUCCAUUUCUUUCUCACAGUUUUCUUUCAAGCUUAGAGGAGUCUGGUAGUUCUGUGAAGGAAACAGGAUGGGCACCAAGGCACAUAAUUGCAAAGGAUGAAGUUGACAAUGUCAUUGGUGUGGUUCCACUAUAUCUUAAAAGUCAUUCCUAUGGUGAAUAUGUUUUUGAUCAUUCAUGGGCCAAUGCCUACUAUAGUUAUGGUUCGAAGUACUAUCCCAAGCUACAAAGUUGUAUCCCAUUUACUCCAGUUACGGGUGCAAGAAUCUUACUACGUAAAGCUCCCUGGAACGAUGAGGUUUUCAAUAUAAUAGUGUCUGCACUGAAGGAUCUGACAAUUAAGCUCCAGGUCUCAUCAAUGCAUGUUACAUUUCCAACUCAAAGUCAGUGGCUGGGAAUGAAAGAGAAGGGCUUCCUUCAAAGAAUAGGCAUGCAAUACCACUGGAAAAAUCGGAAUUACAAGAAUUUUGACGAGUUCAUGAUGGACUUGAAGCAAGGUAAAAGGAAAAAUAUUCGUCAGGAACGCAAAAAGAUAUCUGCACAAAACUUGACUAUGAAGCGUCUUCGAGGAUAUGAGAUAAAGGCAAAGCACUGGGAUACCUUCUAUCAAUUCUACAGGAAUACUACUGACAACAAGUGGGGUACUCCUUACUUGACAAGGGAUUUUUUUCACCUCAUGGCAUCAAAGAUGGGAGAUCAAGUGCUGCUAGUCAUUGCUGAAGAACAGGAUGAACUUGUUGCAGGGGCCCUGAAUCUAAUAGGCGGUGAUACCCUAUAUGGACGCCUAUGGGGAUGCCUUCCAGAAUCCUAUUAUCCGAGUUUGCAUUUUGAAGCAUGCUACUACCAGGCAAUAGAAGCUGCUAUUGAGUUCAAGUUGGACAAAGUGGAAGCAGGAGCUCAGGGUGAGCACAAAAUCCAGAGGGGUUACCUACCUGUGACAACAUAUAGCUGCCAUUACAUUGUUGAUGAAGAUUUCCGAAAAGCUAUAGAAGAUUUUCUGCAACGAGAAACAGACCAGAUGAAGCUUGUAAUGAAAGUUUUACGGGAAUCUGGCCCCUUUAAGGAUGAUGUACUAUGCGACAUUGAAGAAUGACUAUGCGCUUCUUACAGUUUGUUGAGGCAGAUAUUCAGCUGAGUUCAGCAAACUGCGAUGCAGAAAAGCGAAAACUGUACAAACGAAGAAUACUUGCCUUAUUGAACUAAUCCUUUAGAAACAUGUAUAAAUUAGUUGUAUACUGCCUCCAUUGAAGAUGUAUAGAUGUACAUGUCUCAAAAAUUUGUUGAUUGUUAAUUAUGUAACAUAAAAAUGACAAAUAAAUUCCCGUGUUGAUUCACAAGGUUGAACCA